ACGAUUCUUCUGCACUCCAAGUCUGGCGUGGUGCUGAACACGCUAGAGGAGGCGGCGAGGCAUAACAAGCGCUUCCAGGUUUACAUCACACAGUCGUUACCCGAUCGCAGCGGCGAAGCGAUGAAGAAACGACUGGACGAAGCUAACAUACCCUGCACUCUCAUACUGGACAGCGCAGUUGGAUAUAUCAUGGAGAAGGUGGACUUUGUAUUAGUCGGCGCAGAAGGAGUUGUAGAAAGUGGAGGUAUUAUAAAUCAGAUAGGUACCUACACACUAGCGAUAUGCGCUGCACAGAUGAAUAAACCACUGUAUGCCCUUGUUGAGAGUUUCAAGUUUGUGCGCCUCUACCCACUCAACCAGCAAGAUGUUCCGAACGACUUCAAGUAUUCGUCGUCUAUCCUGGACUCGCAGUCGGAGCUGGACGAGGCUCACCCACAGGUGGACUACACGCCACCCUCCUUCAUCACACUGCUGUUCACAGACCUGGGUGUGCUCACCCCGUCGGCCGUCAGCGACGAGCUCAUCAAGCUCUACUUAUAACGACUACAUCUCGAACGCUGCUACGAAGCUCUCAUGCACAGCUGACGAUCGGCGCGCAGAGUGGUCCGUCGAUGAUGCUGGGAUAUAAAGUCAGGGUAUUCCCCGUAGCACUUACAGCCUGGCAUGCCACGCCAGAUACUGGUUAGCUGUCUUUGUGGUUGUUUUUUUUGACGGGCAAGGGCAGGAUUUAAUAACGAUAUAGAGAGAUGUGGUGAUUGCUUGUAUGAGCGAGCUGUAGAUUUGUAUAUAUUAAUGUUUCAUUGUCUCCGUGUGUUGUAGUAUCUCUUUAAUGUGUAGCGAUUCGAAGGGGAAGCAUAUCUCGGCAGGCGUUUUUACAUUCUCUCCGUGCAGUCUAAACUCAUUGCGUGAAAAAUUUCUCAACGUGUUGGUUAUAAAGACAUGCAAAUAUAUUUUGAGAUACUGCUAUCUAUACAGAAUUUGGUUCGUUUUGCCUACUGAGACGUAUUUAAUGGAAUAAUAUUCUUCAGGUACAGUGGUUAUAGUUAUUUCAAUCGGUUACAAAAUGAGAUGCGUAUUUUGUUAUAAUGCACCAAUUGCCAUUGCAGCCAAAUGCAGCAAACUAGAUGGAAAAGGAGAAAUAAUGUCACUGGUCAGACAGAAUUCUUACUAAAAACAUCACCAUGGAAACUGUUUCGAUUCAACUUUUAAUAUCGUUCAAAUAGACAAUAUAUACACAUUAUAUUUGCAAAUGGG